UCGUGGUACCGCACAUUUUUGUCACGCAGCCAGUGGACGGGAUCCAUAUUCAGCGCACGGUCAGUGAAGUCAAGAUUAUUAACUGUCCAUGUUGUACCUGAGGUAAAGGUCAAUGGGUCAUUCUCAACAGGCACCAUAGAUUUCUAUUUUGCCAAUAACCUAGUCACUACGGAGGAGUAGAACCACCCUUGAGAACUGGGGCCGUUUUUAUCCUUCACUAAGGGGAGGGCAGGCUGGAGCUUGAGUGCUUGUGAAUUGCCUUGCCAAUUUCCCCUGAGGAUGUUUAAAACUUUUUUUAAUAAUUGGUUGAAAUGGCAUGACAUCGGCCAUACCUUCGGUGGUGUACAGGAAUUUAAUUGUUGGCAGUAAACCAAGGAAAUUGCAAAGUAGUAGUGGCCAUGGCACUCCAGUUGAGGUUCGAAAACGUAUAACAAAAUGUUUCUGUCCAUUCUUUCAUUCUUUUUUCACAGCAAAAUCGUUUUGUUAUAAAGCUGGUAAGAUCAAUAUAGAGAUUCUCAGUCGGAAAAUACGACUGCUUUUUGUUAUCAGCGAAAGAAACAUGCCUGGAAAAUAUGGUUUCUAAGAAAAAUAAAUGUUAUCAUUCGGUGUACGUGGAAUUUGCGCCAAUCGAGGCAUUUCCUUAGAGAAAACCCCUUUUGUCAACCUUCUUCUUAGAAAGCGCUUGUGGAAUAUGGAUCAAUCUACCGCUCGUGUGACAGCCGAAAGGGUUUUUUUGACAGACGACAAGAAUUUGACUAAAUAAAAGAUAGAUGAACCCCAUAAUGAUCACAGUGAAGACGAUAUAUCACACUGAUGUUUCAGUGGUUUACCCAAAUAAUCCAAAGAAAAAAAUGCAACUGCGCACGAAAUCAUAUCAUAUGUCCCCCUAGGCAAUAAUAGAAAAAUGUCAUGAAGAAUUUAUAACUUUUACGGCUAUUUUUAAACAAUUAUAACAUUAUGCAUUUUUCAAGCUUUCAGAUGUCCAUAUUUACAAGCAUGCCUCAAUGUACAUUAUGUACAAGUAUAUCUUAGGACAGCUUCCUCAUACCGUUGACAUCAAACGUGCCAGUAAACGGUGUUCUAUGUUAGUGCCCAUGGGCAUUAAUUUUAAGUAGGGGCGUAUCAAAAGACGCGGACAGAAAAAAAGGGCUCAAUCUUGGACUUUUGGAACCAGAGAACGCCCAUGGCCUGGAGUGUUGACAGCCAAGACGUUCAGAUGGCGUCUUUUUUAAUUAAUAAGUAGUUUGGUUUUGAAGUGAAAGUGAAAAACGAGCAAAGUGUAUGAGUAGUAAUAGUUUUUCUUUACAGGAAUCUUUAGCUUAUUUGAUGAAUGGUAGUUCAAAGCAAUUCAUUUUCAAGAUUAAGACUUAAGAUGAUAAAGGUUGUCUACCCACCACAAGAAACAGAUAAAGGACGGGCUAGUUGCUUAUGGACGCCCUUUUAUCGUUUAUUUCCCAAACCAUUAGAUCAUGAAUGUAUUUACACAAUGUUAGGGUGGAUAAAUGAAAAUCUUCUUGCUUUUCAAUAUAAAGAAUUACGAUAUUUAAAUUACUUGCUUUUUAAACCAUCUUUAUUUAUUUUUUGUAGAAUCGGUCACGCUCGUAUAUUAGAUUUAAUCACUCCAACAUCCUUAGACCCUUUUUAAAGCCAUAUUACCGGCGAACGUAUUUUCGGAUGUUAAGCCUUAAUUCGUCUCACGUCGUGAUUCAGGGGCACAUAAAAGAGAUGCCUGUUCAAAAGGCCUAUUACCUUUUAUGUCCUGGCCAUGAUUUCGAAAUAAACAUAAAUUUCCAUUCUAGUUAUAAGACGAAGGAAGAAAUACAAAUCAUAAUUAUGAAAAUGGGUUAAUUGCAUUCCAGCACGCCUUGACUCCAUAAUGCUUACUGUAAGAUAAAUAGUCCAUUUGAACACCCAGUUUUCAAUUUUAAUUAGGAAUUGGAUUAUUUAUGACGGGAACUAAAAGUGCUUUACUUUGAUGGUUAACUUCAGCGAAUCUAAAUAAGGUUUGCUGUCUUGUCCACCCCUGUGACACUUGAUGCGGUAAAAGGCUGUUAAUUUAGUGCGUUUUUGGCCCAUUUACAGCGUAAUUUGGGCACUGUUCCCACUAAUGUACAUUUGAACAGGUACGAUGCUGUGUGUGUGCUGUGAAGAAUUAGGAGUGUUGAAAUAAGAUUGUGCAUCACGUACAAUAGCUCAUACUGCUUCCUCCUCUGCACUUGUAAAGGUGACUACGUUCAACAAGAAACAGAUUUCCUGGAAAGGGAAAGCACUAGCUAACAGCCGUUGCCAUGUCAACAAGAAUUAACGUGGAACAAGAUUAUCGAGGCACUCCAACUUUGGAACGUCUUAGGAAAUCGGCAACUAUUGAUGAUCCAACUUCUCCGGGUAAGAAACGCGUCACUAUCCAAACUGAUGCAGAUUCAGGAUAUGAUGAACCAACGAGAGGUCGCCCCAUAAACAUUCACCGUGAGGGAAUUAGCCCAAGACAUUCACCUCGCUUGGCCCACCGUAUGAUGACAGAGCCUGGAUUUCAAGUCCCAACUGAUCCUUUCUUCGAUUUUCCUCACAAAUCGGGACGAAGAUUUGACGACUUUCACCGCCGCGCCUCACCAAACCCAAUGGCGUCGGAUUGGGAGCGAGAAAUGGAGCGCAUGCAGCGUGAGUUUUUCAGAGACAGAGACAGAGAUUUCAAUCAAAUGCACAGUCCGCCGGGGCCGGACAGAGUAGUAGAGCGCACCAUCAAUAUGCCUCCGACGAGGCAUGCCGCAGAUAUUCACGGAGAUUAUUUCAGGAACAUGGAGUCCAAUUCCCCUAAAGACGAUGUCAAAGUGGCGUUCGUGGCCGAUAAAGAUGGCAACCCAAAAUAUACAGUUAAAAUGUUCAUGGGAUCCAACAUCAAACCGGAAGAACUUUAUCUCUCCACCAAUGGUCAAAAUGUAACCGUUGAGGUGAAGCAAAAUAUCCAAGAAGGAAAUUCAACCGUUACCAGAAAGUACAGCCGGAGCGUGGUGUUACCAGAUUCCGUACAGGCGCAAAAAGUUGAGGCGUCUCUCGGGCCAGACGGGACGCUCGUUCUGGAGGCUCCAGCAACACCCCCAGACUACAACCACCACCGUGAAGCCUCUUUCACAAGCAACUGGCCCAUCGUCAGCGAUCCCGAUUCCCAUGUUCGUAAAAUACGCCAAGAACUUUACCUCCCAGACUACCCUCCGGAAAACAUAAAAGUGAAAACAAUUAAUCGUAAAGUCGUGGUGAAUGCAGAGCGAGAGGAGAAUAUUAGCGGUGGCACAGAAAAGAGGGUCUUCAAUAAGGAGUUUGAAUUGCCGGAGAAUGUUGAUCCCUUUAGUGUCAAUGCACAUGUCACCAAAGACGGCAAACUGAUCAUUGAGGCGCCCUUAAAGUUGUCGAAUUAAUAAAAACUUUAGGUCAUGAUUCACCAUAAGUAUUAACUUGUACGUAUCCCAGAGUGUACAUAAAAAGCCUUGAUAAUAUAUGAUAACGGGUUUUUGUAAUUAGCAAGGUUGCUAUUUCCGCGUUCUUGCUGUAAUAAGCACUUAAAUACAGGCGGACAGUAACCUAUAGAUGUAAGAACACGAAGAGAUAGUUCAGUGUUCGUAAUCGUACUACUGGCAUUUAAAUGUCAUCAAUCGACUAGGGAAUCAAAAUCAUUGUAAUUUUAAGGGUAAUACUGCGUACAUGUGACUGGGUUUAAGUUCUUCCGUAUUGGUAACCGUUCUAUUGUAUACCCAAACACAGUUCUGUGUGUUUAUGUUAAAUAGGGUUAUAUAUUGUAUAGAUACAUGCACUACUAAAGAAGCGCAAGUGAUAACUAUAUUGGGAAGAGUGAUUAUGCUGUAUGCUUUAAUAGGAUCUCUACAGUUAAAUGAAUGAAGCAAAGUCUUUCUGUUUCUACUAUUCAGAUAAGUGUCUUUUGCGGUUUCUUAAUGUUAUUUAAAUUAUUGAGAUCCUGUCUGUUUGUCAAUGUAAGAUAUUCUUUUAGGACAACCGGCUUAAACCAGUUUCAUAAGUUAUGAGUAAUGGUGAGACGCCAUGUGCUGUGCAAAACGCAUACUGAUGCAGGGACAUACAUUGACAAAACUGCUAUGUUCACGCAAAUAUACAUGUGAGGAAGUAAUGACACUGCAAAACCUCUCAGGCGGAGGUCUAGUAGCACUGCAAGGUUUAUAUAUCAUUUUGACGUACAGAAAAGAAGGGCAAAGAUGCGUGGGAUCUUUGAGAUAUAUAUUUUGUGCAGUCUGAACACAUUCAUCUGAUGACGCAAGUUUGGCUGAUGUCCGGUCAAAAGUAGGUCUUGUGUGAACGCAACCUAAUUUCACUUAAUGUUACGUAGCCUUUUUAGAGAAAAGAUGAGCACCGGAAAUCUUCGUGCUUUCUGGAAUCAUCAUGAGUCACAGGUAGA